GCUGCAGCAGACUUACUCCCUUUCCUGUUUGGAAGCUCUUGAUAAAGUUCUCACUUGGAGUUGUAAAGGGCAAUGAGUAACUUAAGGGAUGAGGAGCAAAGUCUGCUGCUGCUGUUGUGCUACUGGGGAGCUUGCAACUGCCUGGUUUAGAGAAAGACUGAUGGGAGCAGGGAUGUCCUGAUUUAGUACCCCACAAUGAAGAUUUGGCUGGAGGAGAGUGCAGGGGGAGAAGGACAUACAUUGAAAGAGUUCCUUGACCCGGGAGAAGUCAGCCGGUGUUGCUGUGACAUCGCUUGAACUUUCCGUCCUCCUUGGUUGCUGACCUCAGAAGUGAUGCUUCUCCCUCUGCAGUCUCCCAGAGGGGUUUGUGCCUGAGGCUGGUGGAAGCCUCAUGCCCAAGUGGCCAUCUCCAUCUUCCCCCAGGCUGACCACGGAAGGACACGAAAGAGAGAGCCGCUAACUGCCGGUCUGUGAUUCUUUCUACACAGAAGCUGAUUCCCAGCACAUCAUCUUUUGUUUAAUAAUAAUAAUAAGGGAUGGCUUGUGUUGUCCCAUAAAGUCUCCUGGCAUUGCUUAUGCUGCAAGAUACAGCCCUGCUUCAGAUUUCCAGACUGGCUGUCUUCACUCAAGGCAAAGAGGAUGUCGGCCUCGCUGAGCAGCCGGGCCAUCGCCUCCCACGUCCUCGUGGCCCUCUUUGGGAUGGGCUCCUGGGUCUCCGUGAACUCCCUGUGGGUGGAGCUCCCCGUCGUGGUGAAGCUGCUGCCAGAAGGCUGGAACCUGCCUGCCUACCUGACCGUCCUGAUUGCCCUGGGCAACGUGGGCCCCGUGAGCGUGACCCUGGCCCACCACUUCGCCCCCGGGCGGCUGAAGGAGCGCUGGCUGAUCCACGGCAUCCAGCUCCUGGCCGUGGUGGCGGCCUUCUUCCUGGCCUUCUUCUGGGACCGCAUCGUGGUGGUAGCCGGUGAGCCCCACAGCCUGGCCUUCCUGGUGCUGGCCUUCCUGCUGGCCCUGGUGUGCUGCACCUCCAACGUCUCCUUCCUGCCCUUCAUGUACCAGUUUCCCCAGCUGUACAUCCGCACCUUCUUCAUUGGGCAGGGCCUCAGCGCCCUCCUCCCUUGCGUGCUGGCCCUGGGCCAGGGCGUGGGGCAGCUGGAGUGCCGGAACGGCACCAACGGCACCCAGCCGCACUUUCUGGAGGAGAACUUCUCGGCCACCACGUACUUCUGGAUGCUCCUGGCCCUGCUGGUCGUCUCCGCGCUGGCCUUUGCGGCUCUGGUGCUCUGGCACAGCCGCAGCGGCCCUGCGGAGGAGAAGAGCUCUUCCCAGGACAGCGUGAAGACGGAGGAGUCCUUCCCGCUGCAGUCCGAGAGCGUGCCCGCCUCCAAGCACGCCACAGAGGACGCCGCGGCCGGAGAGCCCACCAAGCAACCAGCUUCCGCCUUCUGGACAGCAAGAAACAUUUACCUGCUGGUGCUCCUGGGGGUCUCCAACGCCCUGACCAAUGGAGUCCUGCCUUCCGUGCAGAGCUACUCCUGCUUGCCUUAUGGGAACAUGGCCUAUCACCUCUCCGUGGUGCUCAGCAACAUUGCCAACCCCGUGGCCUGCUUCACCGCUAUGUUCCUGCUGUGCAGGUCGUCCCUGGGCCUGGGCAUCAUCUCUGCCGUGGGGUGUGUGUUUGGAGCCUAUCUGAUGGUGCUGGCGGCCCUCAGCCCCUGCCCUCCGCUGGUGGGCAGCCCUGCAGGAGUUGCUCUGGUGGUGAUCUCCUGGAUCCUCUUCAUGGGCCUCUUCUCCUACCUGAAGGUGGUGAUUGGCAGUUUGCUGCACGAGGCCGGCCACGCGGCCCUGGUCUGGUGUGGCGCCAUCAUCCAGGUGGGCUCUCUGCUGGGCGCGCUCGUCAUGUUCCCCCUCGCCAGCAUCUACAGGCUGUUCUCGAGUGGGCAGGACUGUGUGGACAACUGCAGGCUGUGACAGCCGAUGCCGGCAAGGAGGAGCAGCAGCAGGAGGCCGUGCUUCUGAGGAGCCACCCUCUGCCACCCCUCUCCAGGGCUGUCAGCACUUGGGGGGGGGGGACCUGGCUGCUCUUCCUGGCUCCCCUCCAGCGCUACCAGUUGAACCAUUUCAUGCUCUUGCCCCCGGGCAGAGGAGAGAGACUGAGGGGCGAAGCACACAGACCCCCAGCCCACCUUCCUUGGUCGCAGCCUCCCUCUCCGCUGCUCUCCGUGGGUUUUUUUAGCGCCAUCUUGGGGCAACAGGUAGUUUGGAGAGGCUGUGUGGCCACGUGCUUAGGAGGG